AUGAGUGCAAAUUUAUCAGUUGGUAAUGAAAUUAAAGAUUCAUUCAAAGAAACCCAUAAAUGGGUUCAGAAUAACUUAAAAUGGUUGAAGGAUAUUGAGCAAUUCUAUCGGGAAAGGGCUAAAUUAGAAAAAGACUACAGUGAGAGGUUAUCUCGCUUAUCAGCAGAGUACUUUAGUAAGAAAUCUUCAACCUCGGUUCCUAUCUCUGUAGGUGACACACCUACUACCACGCCAGGGUCCGUUGAAGCUGCAGGUGUAGUUGCAUGGAAUGAGAUUCUAUCUCAGACUGACAUGAUUUCCAAGGACCAUAAUCAAUUAUCAACAGAUUUUGAAAAUCAUGUAGCAAAUCAAUUGAGUGGAUUAUUCACUAAGCUCGAUAUGACCUUAAGCAAGAUAAAUGGAUUUAACAAUGACAUGGUCAAUAAAAAGGAUAACAUUUAUCAUGAACUGGAAAAAGCCAAGAAGGACUACGACGAAGCCUGUUCCACUAUGGAAAUGGCAAGAAAUAGAUAUACCAAGGCAUCUAAUGAUAGAAAUAAAAAGAAACUGGAUGAAAAAGAGGUAGAAAUGAAUAAGUGCAAAAAUGAAUAUUUAAUCAAGAUCAACCAGGCGAAUAGAACUAAGGACAAAUAUUAUUUUCAAGAUGUUCCUGAAGUGCUAGAUCUUCUACAAGACAUGAAUGAGGCAAAGACCCUUUUCUUAAACGAUCUGUGGUUGAAGGCGGCUUCUGUCGAAAACGAUCUGGGUACAAAUGUCAGCAAGAGAUUGCAGGCUGCAAAUUCUGUUGUAAAGCAGAAUAAACCCUCUUUGAACACGGCCAUCUUUAUCAAGCACAAUCUAAAGAAUUGGAAAGAACCCCAAGACUUUAUCUACAAGCCAUCACCAGUAUGGCAUGAUGAUGAAAAGUUUGCAGUUCCUUCUUCACUUGAAGUUGAAGACUUGAGAAUAAAGCUGGCAAAAGCAGAAAAUGAUUACAAUUUAUUGCAAGAUAAAACUCAAAAUGAGUUAUCUAAACUCUCCACUUUGAACAAGAUAAAACACGAAAUGAAAACAAAUGAAGAUAAUGCCAAUGCCACUAAAUUUUACGAUACAUUAAAGGAAUAUUUAAACAUUGUUUCACCCUUUACUUCGCACGAAACAUUAAAAUUGCAAGCCGAAGUUGAAAUUGAAAGCAUUCAAAAUAAUGUUCCUGAAGAAUAUGAUUUGUCCACAGACAAUAUCGAUCUUUCCAAAACGAAGAAAAAAUCUGGAAUAUUCAGUAAGCUCAAGCACAACAUAUUGAACGUUGACUCGAGACCUCCAAGCGGAGGAAGUGCUGGAAGUGGCAACGGAGGACCCUUGCAUAUAACAAGUCUUUUCAAUACAUCAAGAAGAACCAGGCUAGGUGCUACUACCAACAACGCUGGUGAAGAUUCGGAUAAUACUUCUAUACGUACUACCGGUACCACUAAUACUACGAAAACCACAAAAACCUCCAGUGACGACGGCAAGAAUAAAGUAUUGUAUGCAUACGUGCAGCAGGAUGAUGACGAAAUUAGUAUUACGCCUGGAGACAAAAUUUUAUUGGUUGCACGCGACACAGGUUCUGGAUGGACAAAGAUAAAUAACGACACCACUGGCGAAACCGGCCUCGUACCCACCACAUAUAUUCGCAUAUCUAGCGCGGCUACGGCUAGAACAAAUGAUAGAGGUCCUGCACCGGAAGUACCACCACCGAGAAGGAGUACUCUACCUGUUAGGACCAUGGAGGCUAUGUAUGCCUAUGAGGCACAAGGAGAUGAUGAGAUGUCAAUUGAAGUGGGGGACGUAAUUACUGUGAUCAGAGGCGAUGAUGGAAGUGGAUGGACGUACGGUGAAUGUGAUGGACUCAAAGGUCUGUUUCCUACCAGUUACUGUAAAUGA